AUGCCGGACUCUUCCCUCGUCGUCCACCCCAAGGAAGACGUUCGCGUCCACUACACGGGCUGCAUCAUCGACGAAGAGCACUGGGACGUGGUGGCCGACGGCUUCCUGUGGCUGCCGGACAGCACGAUCCACAUCUGCAACAACCUCGACAUGCUCUCGGACGUCGAGCCCAAGCGCGGCAUCAUCCGCUGCAACUACGGCACGAGCGACGACAUCGAGUUCCAGCUGGUCGGCAAGAUGAACGUGCUCGUCACCCAGCCCGACCGCAGCAUCCGCAAGGUCACGAUCCAGCCCGUCGUCUACUGGCCCGACGCCGCCUUCAACGUCUUUGCCCCCACCGCCUUCGACGACGGCCCUGGUCCCCGCACCGUCUACCACAUCGGCUACCCCGAGGGCCACGUUCUCAAGCUGUCGGACGGUACUGUGCUCAAGAGCGUCGCUAGGGGCUACGCCGACUGCCUCGACUUUGUCCUGGCGCCCAGGGAGGACCGUCUGGCCGCUUGA